GUUUUUUUGACAUGAGUCUGGAUAGAAGUGGAAGCCCACCGCGAGCUAAGAGGUUUCGCACCAAUGCAUCUUAUCGUGAUGCACCUUAUUCCAGGGAUCAUCGUAGGUACAGGCAAGACUACCUAUGCAAUAAAUGCAAACGACCUGGGCAUUUUGCCCGAGAUUGUCCAAAUAUGACCGUAUGCAACAACUGCGGACUUCCUGGCCACAUUGCUGCUGAAUGCAACUCAACAACUAUGUGUUGGAAUUGUAAGGAGCCUGGACAUCUUGCAAACCAAUGCCCAAAUGAUCCAGUCUGCCAUAUGUGUGGUAAAAUGGGUCACCUUGCUCGUGAUUGUUAUAAUCCUAGUCUUCCAGCCCAUGAUGCAAGGCCCUGCAACAAUUGCUACAAGCCAGGUCACAUUGCUGCUGACUGCACCAAUGAGAAGGCUUGCAACAAUUGUCGUAAGACCGGUCAUCUUGCUCGUGAUUGCCCCAAUGAGCCAGUCUGCAACAUUUGCAACAUAUCAGGUCAUGUUGCCCGCCAAUGCCCCAAAUCGAGCUUGGCAUCAGAUGUAGGAGGCCCUUUUAAUGAUGUUAUUUGUCGCAAUUGUGGCCAGCCAGGCCAUUUCAGCAACGAAUGUGUGGCCAUUGUCAUUUGCAACAAUUGCGGUGGGAGGGGUCACCAAGCUUUCAAGUGCCCUUCUGCUCCAUUUUAUGACCAUGGUCCACGGAGGUAUUGAUCUAUAGGGGAGAAUUAACUCUCCUGAACUGCUUAUAGGGAACUAGGUCUCCUCGUGCUUCUAGAUUUGAAUUUGAAAUUCACUUGGGUCUCAUUUUGAGCAUUCAUUUUGUAGUUAUUGUAGCUCUCUCUCACUUUGAAAUGAUAUGAAAUUAUAAUUUUUUUA